ACCGUCAGAGAACACACACACACGCGCGCGCACACACACACACACUUUGUACUGUAUGCUCCACAGCAGUCUGUCUCUUCACUACCCGAAGGAGCCAUGUCUGCAGUGAAGCUGGAGGAGUUUCGAGAGCGGAUUCGUAAAGAACUGGACACCACAGUGGACUUCUGGCUCCAACACUCUCACGACCCUUUGCAUGGAGGCUUCUUCACCUGUUUGGGGAGGGAUGGGGAGGUUUAUGAUGAGCUGAAGUACGUCUGGCUGCAGGGGAGACAGGUGUGGAUGUAUUGUCGUCUGUACAGAACAAUGGAUCGCUUCCAUAGGCCUGAAAUCCUUGAAGCAGCAAAAGCAGGAGGAGCAUUCCUGAGGAGGUUCACUCGUGUCCCCGGCGCCGGUAGUGGCCAGUGGAAGUGUGCCUUCUCCUUAACUAGAGACGGAAAAGCAGUGAAGAUUCAGAGGACUAUUUUCAGCGAGUGCUUCUACAUUUUGGCCAUGGACGAACUGAGCAGGGUUACUGGGGACAAGGACAUGCAGCUGGAGGCUGAGCAGAUGAUGGAGCAGCUGAUCAGCUGGGUGCGGGAGGACCCGGCAGGCCUGGGCCGGCCCCAGCUUCCUGGAGACGUCCCCACCAACAGUAUGGCAGUUCCCAUGAUGCUGUUGUGUCUGGUGCAGCAGCUCACUGAAGGCGGGGGGGCAGAGGUCGUUCAGAAGUACACAGAGCUGGCCAGCUGGUGUGUGCAGCAGAUUCUACAACACAUCCAGAGAAGUGGCACAGCUAUUUUAGAGAAUGUGUCUGUGGAUGGAGCAGAGCUACCAGGGUGCCAGGGCCGGCUGCAGAACCCAGGCCACGCCCUUGAGGCCGGCUGGUUCCUGCUCCAGGUCAGCGCCCAGCAGAAGGACGAGGCUCUCCAGAGGACGGCCAUCGACAAGUUCAUGGAGCUCCCCUAUCAGAACGGCUGGGAUAAAGAGCAUGGCGGCCUCUUCUACUUCCUGGAUGUUGAUGGUCACUGCCCCACACAG